UUUCAGUAGAAGGUGGAAGGAGACGCUGCCCGGCAGCUGGCGUGGGAGCGUUAUUACUGCACCCCGGGAGGCAUAAAUAGAUCAAGUGAUUCAUUUAGGGGUGACUGACAGAGCUCAAAGUAAAUUUUAGGACUUCGCAGCUCCCAAACCACGCUUGGGUCGCUGUGUUGGCUCAUCUCUGACAGCAGAAAGACCUUUUCUUUCUAAUGAGGUCCCCUGAUAAAUUAAUAGCAGAAACCCUGCUUCGUUGGCAGCUGCACAGCUCAGAAAGCAUCUUUCACUCGCUGAAAGACAUUGGUUUUCCUAGGAUUUGGAACACUGACUUCCACUCCGGAUUAUGUGUUUUAUCGUGGGAAUAAUGUGAGCUAUUCUAGACGUUUACUGUAAAUUUGAAAACGUCUACUGAGACCGAAAAGUUUUAGACUUGCUUCACAUUCCUCAUUUUUAUCAUACAAUGCACUCUUGGGGAAAUUGCCAUUUUUUCACUGAGUAGAUGGAUUUCGUGUAACAGGGAGCUAAGGAACCAGGUGGCCUGGCGGCAGUGCAGGAACAAAGAAACUGGGUAUUUUAAAAAAUACAAAAGCUUGAGAAGUGGUGGAACUUUAACUGUGGCCAUUGCACUGAUUUCCACUGGAGAGCAGCAGAGGUUUGCACUGUGGUGGUUUCUCUCAUUUGGAUGGAUUUGAAGACUCAACUGUGCUUUAAAUGCACGCCCUGCGUUGUCUUUAUGCACUGAGCUCGUGGGCCUGCGCAGGAGUGACGAGAAGAAAAGACUUCAGCCCCGUAUAUUGGAUUUUCAUGUGUGAGUUCUGUUUAGACAUCAUCCUCCUAAGCUAAUAUUUAACAUAGUGCGCCCAGGGCAUAGGCAGUUCAAGUACAAAUUUAUUUAUAAACAUGGCAAAAGGAAAGAAAAGCUGCUUGCCUUUUAAUUACGACGAAACCCAUCAUUUUAGCUAAAAAAAUAAUUUAAAAAAAGACACAGCAUGUACUUCCCUACUCACAUCUCCUCAAGUGAAAUUUUCAUUUGAAUUACUGGAAAUGAGCCCUACGAAAAGAUUAUUUUUUUUCAUAUUUCUCUUCAGCUGUUGUCCACUGAGAAAAAAUGCAACUGCUCUGUGUUUGCCUGCUGCCUGCUGUGGAUUACAGUCGGACGUGAUGCGGGAGUGUUGAGGGAAGCUGUCUUUCAGCAUUUCUCUCUCCCUUGAGGUCAUACUUAGUUCCCCAUGUGCCUCGGUCGUCUGUGUUGUGGAGGACACUGAGAGCCUUUGGGGUGGCGGUUAUUGACUGGGUUUUUUUUUACUGAGCCUGAACAAACUGUGUAGGACGACUGCAGACAGCUGAGCUGAGCGGAAGCUCUGCUCUGCUCUCGGGGCGAUCUCAGCAGGCCGUACCUAAGGGCGGUGGACUUUUAACCGAGACCUCACCACAUUAUUCAUGCGGAAUACUGCGUAACGUGAGGACAGCCCUAAACAACUGCAGAUUAUUGUGAGGAUAAAAAUACCAAUUGCCUUGAGUUGUGGCAGAGAUCCUUUUCUCUAUGUUAGCGUUUAACAGUUAUUGCCAUCGUACUUGGCAAAUUGCACAAAUGCAUUAGCUCAAAAAACAUACGUUCCGACAGAUGGCAAAAGUGGGUCAAGGUGUCUGCUGACAGCCUUUAAGGGAAAUGGUCUCUGAGGAUAUGCUAUUCUUAUCCUGUUUCUAUUAGCAGAAUUGAUAGAUGUGGUUUUCUUUCACAGCUGGAGCAAGCCCGACACUGAACAGGCAGGCCGUGGCCACUAGAGUCGCAGUCAGACUGACGAGUACAGAACUAAAAGGAAGACAUGGAUGUGUGACGGACUGCAGUGAAGAAAAGGGAUCCCUGGUAAGGAAAUUCACGCUAUCAAAAAGCUGAACUGAUCCCUGUUAAGCAGCAGCGAAGUCCUGCCCAGAGGGAAGUGAAAUCCACAUUAUUUUGCUUUCAAGAAGAGCCAGGCAGUAGAGCCUGGGAAGUUCAUCCCAGUUUGAGAAACAAGAACAGGACAAGCACGGAUUCCCUCUCAGCAGGACACACUGAGGACACAAGAGCUUGGGGCUCCAGAUGUUUUAUCCUCAGAUCUCUCCGAGGGAGUAAAAUGCUCACGGCAAAAUAGACGAUGGCUUCUAUCUCAGAGCGCACCUUCAUCGCCAUCAAGCCCGACGGCGUCCAGCGGGGGCUGGUGGGAGAGAUCAUCAAGCGGUUCGAGCAGAAAGGAUUCAAACUGGUGGCCAUGAAAUUAGUACAUGCCUCUGAAGACCUUCUGAGAGAACACUACAUUGACCUGAAGGACCGGCCGUUCUAUGACGGUCUGGUGCAGUAUAUGCACUCUGGACCUGUUGUAGCCAUGGUGUGGGAAGGUCUUAACGUGGUUAAGACUGGAAGAGUGAUGCUGGGGGAAACUAAUCCAUUCGAUUCAAAGCCUGGCACUAUUCGCGGUGACCUCUGCGUUCAAGUCGGCAGGUAUAUUCUGAAACUCUUGAUAUCGUCUAAAGACACUAAAUGUCCAGUGGUGUAUCAUGAUAUAUGUCAUGAUAUACGCAGGAGCUGUUCUCCAUCCUCCUCUAUCUUAUGCGCGGAGCUGCCGUUCCCGGUGCCUGUGUAAGGUUAUGGUCUAAAGACAGAAGUCGAGUUGUGGUCUUCCCCGUCGACACAAACGAUGAGCAAAGCUGGGACUGCAUACUCUGUGCCCAUUACUACUUUACAAUAACUCACAACUUCUCUCUGUAAUGGAGAUCACCUCAAAAAACCAAAGCUUGCUUUGAGUUUGAGGACUGUAUUACUUUUCUAUCCACCUUUUCUUUUCCUAGGAACAUCGUUCAUGGAAGUGAUUCUGUAGAAAGUGCUGAGACAGAGAUCAAUUUAUGGUUCACUCCUGAAG